AUGAGCGCCUUUACUGAGCGCCCCCGAUGCUGCGUGCACAGGUCACGCACUGCCUCCUUGAACCGAGAUUACACCGCGCCUCACGCCGGCAGCGCGGCCUCCCCCCGGUGCUCGCUGGCCGCCCGCACCAUGACCCCGGGUUGCACGAAAGCCGGGGCGGCCCGGGCAAGCCCCGGCCCACGGACUGCGCUGGGGAAGCAAAAAACAGAAGGAGCCUGGAUUAAGAUCCGCGUGCCCCCGCCGCCCUCAUGUGAUGCCUGCGGCUCCACAUCAAGGGGAGAGCGCUGCGGAGGAGCACCCGCAGUGGGGACGCUGCUCGUGUCACGGGGAAAGAUUUUGGAGAAGACUGGACUUUGCAGUCAAAUCACUUUUGGCCGAUACGUGCGACAAGGACGGAAACUAGGGGUGGAUCCAAAGCUCUUUAUCCGGGAUCUGCAGUUUAACAAAGUACCUGUGAGGGUUUAUCAGCCUAAAGCUACCUCUGAUGGGCGAAGGAGAGGUAUCAUCUUCUUUCAUGGAGGAGGCUGGGUAUUUGGAAGUCUUGAUACCUAUGAAAAAGUAUGCCGCUACAUAUCCAGAGAAAGUGAAUCGGUAGUUGUAUCUGUUCAGUAUCGUUUAGCUCCUGAACACAAAUACCCCGCUGCGUAUGAAGACUGUCUUAAUGCCACCAUACACUUCAUGAAGAAUAUAGAGCACUAUGGGGUGGAUCCUGCCAAUGUAAUUGUCUGCGGGGACAGUGCUGGCGGCAAUCUGGCAGCUGCUGUUCAGCAGACCCUUGCAGGUAGAUCAGACCUCCCCAGACUACGCGCUCAGAUCUUGAUCUACCCGGGCCUUCAGGCACUGGACUUCAAUUUACCAUCCUAUCAACAGAAUCGGGGAGUCCCUCUCUUAUUCCGAGAACGUGCCGCCUUCUUUGCUUUGCAGUACCUAAAUGGGGAUGCAUUGCGUAUGCAAGAGGUCUUGGAGGGCUCUCACAUUCCUCCAGAUAUGAGGCUGAAGUACAGGAAGUGGGUGAGUCCAGAUAACAUCCCUGAAAAAUUUAAGGUCAGAGGCUACAAACCACACAAGCCCCACGAAUUCAAGGCUGAAGUUUAUGAGACAGUGAAAAGACUUUGUGAGCCCGACCCGUGUCCACUGUUAGCUGAAGAUGCUGUUAUUCACCAGCUGCCCGAGUCUUUCAUCUUGACUUGUGAGUAUGAUGUGCUAAGAGACGACGGCUUGCUUUACAAGAAGAGACUGGAGGACAACGGUGUUCGAGUGACCUGGUACCACCUUGAGGAUGGAUUCCAUGGAAUCAUAAGCCUAUAUGAUUAUUGUGGUUUCUCAUUUCCAGCUGGAAAAAGGGGAUUGGACAGCGUAGUUAACUUCCUAAAAAGCUUAUAG